CUGAAAAUACAUUUCGUUUAUCCUCCUCCUCAGACGCCAUGAUUAACCGUUAAUGCCAAUUAGCGGUAUUUUUAAGCUAAGUUAAAGAAGCAGUGCGCACUCUUUCACACCCUCUCUCGUGUUUUCUUACAGCUUGUUCUUUUGGCAUGUCCUAAAAAGAAAAUAGAUAGCGAAGAAAAUCGUCUGUACACCUCCAGUUUACAUACAGACCGGUGCUCGUUUAGAUUGACUACAUUUCCCGAGUGCGUCGGAGACGUUGCGGCGUGACGUCAACGCGGCUGCUGUCAGUCAGACAAAGACAGUCAGUCAGUCAGUCAGGGCGAGUCUUCCUCACAACAUCACAUAAAAUAUCAUCUUCAUCACCUGACAGAGCGCGUUAAAUGGUCUGCUGCGCUGAGAUAUUGUGUAUUUUCCUCAUUCCAGAAUGUCUCACUACACAGACGAGCCACGCUUCACCAUCGAACAGAUCGACCUCCUCCAGAGACUGCGGCGCACAGGUAUGACCAGACCCGAGAUCGUGCACGCCCUCGACACCUUGGAGCGACUCGACCGUGAACACGGCGACAAAUUUGGCCGCCGCGGCCCGUCAGACUCCAUCGCCACCAACAGCACGACCUCCAGCACUACACCCACCUCAAAUAACGCUAGCAAUGCCACCAUGGCAACUUCCUCCACCACUUCCACAGCAACUCAGACGCAGUUCCCUGGCAACCUAUCGCCCUCGCCUAGCAACAGCUAUGCCACAUCUCCACCCGCUGUACUGCCCUCGCCUGUCUCUCUGGUAGCCCUGGCUCAGAACGGACGGGACGCUCUGGCAGCCACACCCAAUGGGAAACUAUCACCAAACCGCUACACAGUGAACAGUUCUGUGGCUGUGAGGACGUACACACUCGAGGGGUCCGAGGAAGACCUGGAUAUAGAUGACAAGGUGGAGGAGCUCAUGAGGCGGGACAGCUCACUGGUGAAGGAGGAAAUCAAAGCCUUCCUGGGAAACAGACGCAUCUCACAGGCCGUGGUGGCUCAGGUCACAGGCAUCAGUCAGAGCAGGAUCUCUCACUGGCUCCUCCAGCAGGGCUCAGAUCUCAGCGAACAGAAGAAACGAGCUUUCUAUCGCUGGUACCAGCUGGAGAAAACCACGCCAGGUGCCACCCUAAACAUGCGGCCCACCCCCGUAUCUCUAGAAGAGAUGGAGUGGCGUCAGACUCCACCCCCUAUAAGCUCCGCCCCCGGAAGCUUCCGUCUGCGCAGAGGCAGUCGGUUCACCUGGAGGAAGGAAUGUCUCGCUGUGAUGGAGAGUUAUUUCAGUGAUAAUCAAUAUCCAGAUGAAGCCAAAAGAGAGGAGAUCGCCAACGCCUGCAAUGCUGUCAUUCAGAAACCAGGAAAGAAGUUGUCUGAUUUGGAAAGAGUCACGUCCUUAAAAGUCUACAACUGGUUUGCCAACCGACGCAAAGAGAUCAAGAGGAGGGCCAAUAUUGGGUCUUUUUUCCAAGAAGCCACAAUCCUGGAGAGUCAUGGGAUUGAUGUUCAGAGUCCUGGAGGACACUCUAACAGCGACGAUGUCGACGCUAAUGACUACAGCGAGCAGGGUUGCGAUGUUGCCUAUUUUGAAAAGAGAGGCGUGAACAGACCUUUUGGUUACUACCGUCUGGAGCCCACCUCACCAACACAGGACGACGCCGGCAAUCACGCGGACCAUCAAGACCCCAUCUCUCUGGCCGUGGAGAUGGCAGCUGUCAAUCACAGCAUCCUCGCCCUAUCCCGUCCAGGAGGCGUGGCCAGUGAAAUCAAAACAGAAGCGAUAGAUGACGACUGAGGAGAACUGCCAGACGAUGCAUAUGUGUGUGUGUGUGUGAGAGUGGAUGUUGCAGACAUGUUCACGGGGCAAUGAUCAAAUCAACGCUUUUAGAAUCUAAUAAUCGCCUGCCAUCGACACUCCUGCUGAACCACUAAACAAAGCCAGAGUCAACCACGGCUCUUAUUUAAGCCUCCCAAACCUCGUACCUCAUUCCAGUUCCAGUAACUUGUAUAAGCGUUUCGUGUGCUUCCUGUCUGUGUGCUCCAGUAAUCCUCAUUCUCACGGAUAAGCUAAAAGGUGAGCAAAAGCUGUGGUUUAUUUCUGCUCCGGAUUCAUCAUUCCCACUACAAAUGUUCUCAGUUGACUGAUUUUAAUGUUUGUUUGUUUGUUUUUGUAUCGUUUUUCAUCAAAUAGCAGUUGGGUGUAUCUCACGAAAACGGUCAAGACGACUUUUCAUCACAUGAUCGAAAAGCAAAAUGAGUAUUAAUAUUUCGCAUAUUUUGAGGACCAUUACCAUUAUUUUUUUGUUUGUUUUAGAAGCACAUUCUCCUCUUAAACGUUUAGUGUAAAACAGGAAAGUAUUGCAUUUUAAAGCUCUUGUAAAAUUAAAAUAACGUUUUUAGAUGUUAGUCGUCAGUAAGCUAGCGUGCUACAAAACGACAUUUAGAAGAUAUAAGUUGGGGAAAGUUAAAGUAGUGCAAUGCAAUAUUGAGUUACUCCCCGAAAAAGUAACUAGUUAUGUUACUUGGUUACUUUUUAUGGAAAGUAAUGCUUUACAUUACUUUUGAGUUACUUUUCAUUCCUGCCUGAAGCUUGAUCUUGGUCUUUUUUUAAAUAAAUGAGCUCUGCAUUUAGUAGCUAUGUUUUCAUCCAAAAAUGCAAACUAACUUUAUGGGCAAGACUGGAUUAUCACAUAAAAUAAGUGCGAAUAAAGCAGCGAUUCUAUCCAACGAGUCAAAGAGAACAAAAUCCUUAAUUCCUGAUUAAUUUGCGCCAAAUAGCAACAGUAAAAACUUAAUUUGCUGCAGUAGGAGAAGCUGCAUCAAUCUUUUCUUCAUUUAAUAAAUGACUUGUGCCUCAAUCCUGUGAACGCGCGGUGGUCGUUUGAAGGCAUGAGACGCGGAGCACAGACGCACAAGUCAUUAAUAAAAUAAUACUAAAGGCUCGUACACAUCGGGAUGCUUUUCGUUUGUGUUUAUCGUCAGCGUUUUAAGACGUUUUUCCGGAUUCAAACCCAAGCGAUUUUCACUGGCGUCUAGCAGAAGAGUAUGCAAAAUCCCUCCUUGACGUCAGAUGGCGCUACACAACUUUAAGCUUCUGACACCAGCUUGUAACACAGAAGAAGAAGACAAAGUUGCCACACAUGUUGUUAUGGAUGGUUCAAGUAGCAGCUCCAGCUCUAGCGAUGAAGAAAUGAUUAUUGUUCACGAGUGCAAUAAGCAGCUCCACGUUCAUAUCGCCUCUGGACAUCUUCUUCAAUGUGCGCUCGCAUUGACAGUUUUGCGCUUGAGCGCCUCCAAGUGCUGUUGACUGAAACUUCAGCAGCUCCGUGCACAUGAACAAAAGUGGAGAUAUAAUUGGUGGAGAAAGUUUAGACAUGGCGCGUCAAAAAAAAA